ACCGACGUCGGUUUCUUCGGAUUCUCUAAACACCUUGGAUUUCCCAAUUAUCUAUCUGCCGUGUCUUUGGCCCAACCCCCUAGAGUCUCCCAUUUGCAUCGUAAUCGCUCGUGCUCAACUUAACACCCUCGCCCCUUCACAAUCAUGCCCACCCUUCUGGAAGCCCUCCGGCAAACCAGCCAGGUCGAUUGCGAUACCCUCGAUGUCAAUGUGGCCAAAGAUCUAGGUCCAUUUGUGGAUUGCACCUCAAACCAGGCCAUUGCCUUUUUUGAACUCACCAAGACCGUCGCUGGACAAAUGCAGCUGCAUCAUGCUAGCCUCAUCAAAGAAGCAGUCAACGACGCUCGGGGUACACUGAAAACGCUUCAAGGCAGCACGACGUUUGAAGGGUUUGUGGUGGAGAUCAUGAUGGUCAAGCUGCAGCUGGCCACUGUUCCCAACUUGACAGGCUACGUACACAUCCAGACCAACCCGAAGCUAUCAUAUUCUGCGACUGCAACCGUUGAGAAUGCCCUCCGCGUUAUUCAAAUCUUCAAGGCUCUAGCACCCGACUUUGACGCAAAAAGGGUCUGCAUCAAGGUACCGGCGACCUGGGAGGGCAUGCAAGCCUGUCGGACCCUGGAGAACAAGGGAAUUUCCACCCUCGCCACCACCAUGUUUUGCAUGGAGCAAGCAGCCUUGGCAUCGGAUGCGCAGUGCACCUAUAUUGCUCCUUAUGUUAACGAGCUCAGGGUCCAUUUCGAGGCAGGAGCUGUGGAUGAACACAAAGCCUUUGACUUCUGCCGCGAGGCCCAGGCCUACUACAUCGCCAAGUCCUUCCGCACCCAAGUGCUGGCCGCUUCGCUCACGUCGGUUGACGAAGUCAUGCAGCUUGCCGGCAUCCAGCACGUCACCAUCUCCCCCACCCUCCUCCACGCGUUAUCUGAGCGCGACAUCUCAGCAUGGGAUGGCAAACUUGGGGACUAUUUUGCCCAGGGUCCAGCAAACAAGAGCUGGGAGACGCGGGACUACGCAGCCCUGGUCAAGGACGAGAGCGCCUGGAGGCUGGCUUUUACGAGGAGCGGCUUUGGCACCAGCGAAGGCAAGAUCAUCCAGGCUAUCAACUACUUUUCCGACUUCCAGGAGAAACUGGAGGACCUUGUGAAGGAGUAUUCUGGUUAAGAUGAGGUGAUCAUGAUAUAUAUAGGUAUAUACGAGUCGUAUCGACAAACCGAUUCCCGAUCGGACUUGAGUUUGGCGAAUGUGUUUGCCAAGAUAGCAACUUGAUACGCAAUUCCCGCACCGCAACUUGCUACUUCUGUCUUUUUCUACGCUUCUCGUUG